AUGGCCAUCCGACCACUUUCUCGCUCGCUGGCGCUCCUCCGCCGAGCAGCAGCCCUCCACUCGAGCACCCCCAGGCCGGAGCAGCCCCGAGCAGCCCCCGCCCGGCCGCCCCUCGCCCCGCCCGCCAAGGCGCGGCUCAGCCCUGCCCGCAAGCUCAUCGGCGCCGCCAGCCGCAGAGUCGUCCGCCCCGAUCUGGCCGCCCUCCUCGUCGCGCUGGGCCACCCCGCGCCGGUCCCCGUCCCGCUUCCGCCCGCCGCCGAGGCCGCCAACAGCCCGUCCUCGCCGGUCCUCAAUGGCGCCGACUUCGACCGGAUCUGCACAACACGCCCCGCCCUGCUCCGCCAGCUCUCCCCGCCCGCCCUCGCCCUCCUCCUCCGCUACAUCCUCGCCUCCAGGUUCGACUCCUUCACCCUGCGGCUCGUCGAGAACAGCAACCGGGCCGACUCCGCCUUCACCGCCCCGCAGCGGAUCGCCGUCUUCCAGCUGCUCAUCAGCCUCGCACGCACCAAACGCCAAUGGCUGACGGCGGACGACAAGAGCUUGAUCUUCGUCUCCGACGCCGCGGUCUCGAGCUACUUCGGCCGGCUUCUCCAGCUCGUCGCGGGGCCCGAGCGGCACGGCCUGGGGCCCGAGGACCUCCGCUGCGUCAUGCGGGCCCUCCGCCGCUCGUCGGACGCCCUGUUUUGGGAGCCCGCGCUGAUGCGCCAGAUCUGGCAAGAGAUCAUCAGGACCGAAUCGAACGACAACCGGCGCCGGACCAAUGCCCGUCUCGGCCUCCGCUCCGUCCUCCACUGGAUCAGCAACCACCAUGGCCCUCCCCAGCCGGGGCCCAGCGUCUCUCAGCUCUCGCCUGCAAUGUGGUCCCUCUGUCUUCAGGUGUGGUCCCAGCUCCUGGAGUGGGGCGAGAUCGCCGCCGAGGACCUCAACCCGGCGGCCACCGAGCAGACCAACGUCCUCUCGCCUGCCGACCAAGCCAUCCUGACCAUGCUCUCGCCCAUCAUCCGCUCAGCCUCCCGGCGUUACGCCGCCGAGCCCCUGGACAGGGACAAUGCCAAGCUGUUCAAGAACGCCUGUGAAGCCCUCCAGCUGCUCAUCAGCCGCUCCUCCUCCACGGCCACCUCGAGCACCGUCGAAGAGCUGGUGCCCCAGCUGACGAACGCCUUCCUCCACGUCGUCCAUCUCGACCAUCGAGCCCCCGCGCCGGAGAUAGCCGCGAUCCUCACCCAGUAUCCCGGCCUGCCCACGGUCAGUGACCGGUGGUCCCGGGAGGGAAUCUCGGCGGAAGACUACCGCCUCUACGGCCGGACGCUCGAGACGAUCCACGGGCUAGGACGGGCGAGUCUCCUGGUGAGCCUCUGGCUGGACCUCCUGCCGAUGAUCAACGUCGGCCGGGCGGGGUGGCCGCUGGACAGACUGUUGACGGCGCUGGGCGAGCUUGCCAAUCCGCUGGUCCGGGCGGUCUCGGGCAAGCCGCUCAACGGCUUCCGGCUCGCCCGGCUGGUCCUGCGGGUCGUCAGGGCGCUCGCCUCCGAGGACGACCCGCGGCUGGUCCCGAGCCGCCGGCGGGCCUUCCGGAUGCUCGUCGAGCGGCCCGACCUGCACGGCUUCGACUGGCUGGCGCGGGAAGAGCGCCAGUUCGACCGGGAUGGGAACGAGCUCGAGUGUGUCCCAGCGCAGGACUCCUCGCGCCUGUUGCGCGAGAACAUCGAGACGAUUUUCGGGCUCUGGCAGGCCUCCUGGGCGCUCACGAAGCGACUGACGAGCGAGGCCGAGGGCGAGCCGGUGCUCCUGCCGACCCUGGUGGGCGUCACGCGGCUGGCCCAGACGAUGAGGAGCGAGCGGACGGUGCUCUUGCUGAAGAUGGUCAUCAGCCGCUUCGUCGCCGACCGAACCCCGCCGCUCACCGCCGAAGAGGCCCGGUCGAAGUACCUGCACAACCCGCAGGCGAGGCUGACGGACAUCGAGCGCACCCGGCUGAUCGAGGCUCAUCUGAGCGUCGGCGGCGAGCUCAGUCGCAGGUUCAUCAUCGACCUCUUCCGCUCCUUCCUCCACCAGCGCAUCGUCCCCUCCGUCGAAGACCUCAAACUCCUCCACGCCUUCCUCACCCAAAUCGACCCCCUCAACGCUCAGCGGUUUUGGGCCGAUCGCGCCGCUGCCGUCAACGGCUUGCCCUGGUCUCUCUUCGACCAUUCCAAGGCUUUCCCCGUCGCUUGGGACCACUCUCGCAUCCAAAUCGCUAAGGAACUCUUCGUCACUAGACGUCAAUCUCCGACCUCCAGCAAAAAUUCCGAAGAAAAGAAAGAUUCUGAUCAAGGUUAA